UAUGCAUGUAGUGAUGUAUGCAUUUAACAGAUGUUUAUGUACGGUCAUAUUUAUUGAUUGAAGACUGACACCAGUUGGAACGUUCAUCGUGCAUAUGCGUUUUUUAUUAAAACAAUUGUCAUAAUAUCAAUAAUCGAUAUAGUUAGCCAUAGUAAAACUAUACUGCAAUUACUAUGGGAAAUUUUUGUACAUCUUGUUGCAAAGAGUCAGCGUCGUACGAGGACGUAACACCAGAUGUGGAAGUUAGGAGAAGGAAACAAAUAGAAGCUGUGGAUAGGAGGCUUGCUGAGCAAGAGAGUCGAGGUAUUAAAAAUAUAGACGCUGUUAGAAGGCAACAAAUGUUAGAUCAACAGCAUGACAAACGCAUGGAAGAAGCUAGUAGUAUAAAUGUGCAACCUACGUUGAAGUGGCAAGUUUAACGGAAGAACAGCUGAAGGUAACUACGCUACCUUUGAAUUAUAUUUUACGGAGCAAACACAUAAUAUAAGCAAAGAUCGUUAAUCAAUUAUAAAUAACACACAAGAAUAUAUAUAUAUUGAACGAUAUCAUCGUAAUAAAGUUAUAGGUUUGUAUUUUGUGAAAUUUAAAUAUUCGAAGGAAAUGUUUAAAUUAUAUACACAUGUUUUCACGCGGCAUUUUCUAUAGUACUUUGACUACUUCUAUUAAAUAUGAAUAUUUUAUAUGGCAUACGAAUAAGAAAAAGAGUGCCGGCAGUGUAAUUGCACAAGCCCUGGCCAUACGUAUAAAACGUUAAAAAUUAGUACGUAUGAAUGAUUUUUGCCUAUUUGUUACUAUUAUUUUUGUUCCACACUAUAUUAUUACUAUUGUAAACAGAGAUAUAUUUUCGUUAUAUACGUGGUUAU